AACUGGAAAUUGUGACAGAUUUUUGUGACGGAAUAAAUCUGUCACUAUUUAUGAUGGAAUUGUGAUAAAAUUGUGACAGAAUUUGAAGUUUGUGACGGAUUUGUGACGGAAAAAAAUAAUUUAAUUUUCUUUUGUUUAGCUGAUUUUUAUGACAGAAAAGUGACGGAGUUGUAACAGAUAUUAGUGACGAAUUUAGAUUCCGUAACAAAUUACUUUUUAGUAACAAAAUUGUGACGGAUUUGUCCGUCACUUAUAUUUGUGACGGAACAGGCCGUCACAAAUAAAAAAAUAUGGAUAACCGUCACAAUUCCGUCACAAAGCUGUGACGGAAUUGUGACAAUUAUUCCGUCAAAAAUUAAGUGACAAUUAUUUCAUUUAGGCAAAUCGUAUCUCUUCGUCCUUACUCUUCUCAUUCUAACUUUUAGGGUUUGUGUAUUAUAUGGCCUACUCUUAUCAGUAAUCAUUCCUGAUUAGGCUUAACAAUCUUCCCUACUCUUCGUCCCUACUCUUCUCUCUUCCCUUUUAAAUUGCAUUUUCAUUUUGAGAAAUCCACCAUGGAGCGUUUUGAAUUUGUUAAUCCGUCUGGUCUAUUGCAGCAACACCGUCAUGGAGGUUUCUCGUUUAUUUAGAAGCGUUUCUCGUUUAUUGUUGUUAGGCUAUCAAACUUUUAAUAUUCCGAUGAUGACUCAUUACCGGAAGGAUGGACUGUUAAAGUCAAAGUAACAACCGCUGGUAAAAAGUACAAGUGGGAGGAGAGACUCUGGACCCGUUUGUUAUUUUAGCUAAGCCUACAUGUUGCGUUGGGUGAUUUUUGGAUUCCAGAGUUGAAGCAUUAUGCACCUGGUGUCCCAAUUGUUCUUGUGGGGACAAAGCUUGCCUUGCAGAUUUCUUACUAAAGUUUAGAUUGGAUAAGCUCUUUUACUUAUAUUCGGGAUGACAAGUAAUUCUUCAUAGAUCACCCUGGUGCUGUGCGUAUUACUAUAGCUCAGGUAAAGAUAAGUCUCGUGUUACCAUAAAUACUAUUAUUAUCUUUGCUCUAUUGGAAAUAAACCUGAAUUUAUUAUGCCUUUCUUCUCUAUAAUAACGAGAUCAUUCUAGAUCUUCUAUAUUAUGAUAUGUAUUUGAAUUAGUCAUUAUUAGUGCUAUUUGAUUUUAUGAGCUGAAUGAAAUGAUUUUUGUUUUCAGAUAUGAAGCCUAAUUUCAUAAGGACAACAUCACUAGAAAAAGAAGCGUCAUCAAGAUUACGGCACAAACCACCAGCACUAUCUCUAGCACCACGACAAAAACUACCAGCACUAUCUCUAGCACCACGACAGAAACAACCAGCCCCACCACCAGCCGCACAGCAAGCACCACCAGCAGCCCCACCGCAAGCACAACCAGCAGCCCCACCUCGUGCAACCUCAUCAGCCCCACCACGUGCAGCCUCAUCAGGCCCAUCUUUAGCACCACCAGCAUUUGAGGAUGAUAAUUUAGAGAGUCCUUCUCCUUCUAUAUCAUCAAAUCUAAGUUAUCACGGAUACAAUCGCACUCCUCACAUACAUGUAGAGGCAAAGAGUUUACUUCCUGACGCCCAUGGUAUAGCUCGAAACAUCGGCUGUGCAUUUCAAGAGAAACAAGAUCCGAGUGGAUAUAGCUGGCUUUUAGUGAACAAGGAUGUAAAGCAAUUCUAUUGGGAAGAUUUUCAGAGAAGAUAUACAUGGGAUCCUCAUGCUGAGAUGUUGAUCAAGACCACUUGGAAAAAAGUUGCAGCAUCCCACUACAAUAAGACACUUAAUAAGUGGAGAGAUAAUUGGAAAAAAAAGAAGCAAAUUCCUCAAGGUGUUAAAGAUGAUAUUUGGGAUACAUGGCUUGCUAGGUGGGAAUCAGAUGAUUGGAAAAAAAAAUCUAAAAAAGCUUCAAAGAAUAGGCUUUCAGAACCUGGUGGUAUUGGCACUGGUAUAGCUAAGCAUACAGGAGGUUCUAGAUCUAUUUUGGAGCAUACCAAAUUGAUGGAAAAAGAGAAUGGUAGAGUGAUGAAUCCAUGGGAAGUUCAUCAAAAGUUGCAUAAGAGAAAAGAUGGAUCAUUUGUUGAUAGCAAAUCAUCAAUUAUUAAUGAUAAGAUGAUAAAUGCUGUAGCUAUCGCUAGUCAGCCACAAGAAGAUGGGAGUGUGCCAGAAGUUGAUAUUCACUCGCUUUAUUAUGAUGUUGUUGGCGGGGCAAAAAAGAAGCAAGUGUAUGGAUUAGGCUCGCAGGCAUCAGUGUUUUAUCCGCAUAGUUUUUCCUCUACUUCUUCUGGAUAUAAAUCAGAUGAAGAGCACAUGAAGCAGAUGAUAGAGCAACAUUUUAAUGAUCAACAACAACAUCUUACGAAGCAGCUAGACACUUUACGUGAGCAACAAGAAUCCUUACGUAAGCAUCAAGAUGCAUUGCAGCAGCAACAACUUGAUUUAGCUAGAAGAGAGCAAGGAUUACAUGAUACUUUGCAGCUAGAGUUGGCUGAAAGAGAAAAAAGACUUCAGAAUACAAUGCUACUUCAGAUGCAAGAGAUGUGGAAGAAUAUGCAAAAUGGUAAGCCACCUAGCGGAGGGGCAUAGAUUUGAGGAUCGCGGGUCAUCUAGUUUUCUUUCUUAUUUUUAUUAUUAUGUUGUUUCGAUUGUACUUAUAUACGUUAAACUAUAAUGUAUUGAACAUACGAAUUGACUUUAAAUUUCAAUAUUAAGUUGUAUCAA